GAUGGAAGUUUGAAGUAUUAUUUAGCUACAGCUUGUACUAUGCAGUAUAUCUAUAGCAAACAAAGCAUAGCUACAGGAGUUCAAAUACUUCACAGUGACAUUCAACAGCUGAUCCAAACACGUGUCCAUCACAGGUGAUUCGAAAAAACUGCAUUGGCUUGCGUGAAUGCCGUAACAAAAGUUAGCCGAACAUCGUCCACGCAGUAUUAAACACUUUUAGUAGCGUAGAAACUACACUAGUACUCUUCAAUAACCAAUCACAGUAUGACCAUGCAGUAGUCUCUCUAUGAAAUUCCCAACAGCACAACCAUAGCUAUAAUUAAUUGCCUGUAGCUCUCGUACAAAAAGAUUCUCACAAACACUCUUAAACUUCCUUCUUUCCAUUCCAAAUCCUCUCAAGAACGUCAUCUUCUCAACAAAAACAAGUUCUAACAUUUGAAUCAAAUAAUCUUUCAGGGAAUAUAUCAUCUUACCUCAAAGAAUCUAUCAAAAAUAGAAACAAUCAAUAUGUCUCAAGCAGACAGUCCUACUCUCAGGGCCAUCUUCAACAAAGGAUUUGCUCUCUCGCAAGCAGUAUCCAAGAAGAUAUCCUCAUCUGAACCUCUACCUCACAGUCGCAUGUCUGUAUUUUCCUCAAAUCCUGACCUUACGACUGAUGUUGCAACUCCACGUCCUAAGAGAACAAAACACUCAGGCCCUGCGACCCAACUUCUGCAUGAUUUUUUCGAGGAAUUCGAUGAAAUUGAAUCAGCUGAAUCGAUCGAAGAUUCUACCUAUGUUAAUAUUCAACAUGCGCGCCAGAGAGCUGGUACACUGGGAAAUGGACCUAGACCUAGGAUCGAAACAUCAUUCAAGACCAAGUCAUUUGAUCUUCCACGUCGAUCAUCGAAUUCAUCCAAUCAUUUUAUGAAUUCCUUAAUCGAUUAUUCACAUCUAAAUGAUAGCUUUGGAGAAGAUCUCCAAAAGCUGUCAGACAAAAUCGGAGAGAUUCAAUCCAGAAACAAACAAAUCCUCGAAGCUGACGACGAUACUAUCUUAGAUACUCUUCCAGCUCGGAAUACCGGAUAUUUUUCACAUUACGCUAAAGUUAGAGGAUCUGCUAAUGCUUAUAAGCAAGAAUUUGAAGAUACAUUAAAGAAGGAAAAGGAGAUAUAUGAAUCUACCCCUGCUUACAUCAACCCCCAGAUGCCUGGUCUUAGUGCUGCUGAAAUGCGCAAACGAAUGCCAAGAUUAAUUAUUGCUGAACCAGAAUAUGAAUUCGACGAAGAAGACAAAGAGGAGAAAUCCGCGGUCAAAAUCCUCGAGGGACUCUUCAAGGAGUUGGCGGAGAGAGACGCUAGGACUAAUGAGGGAGAGUCUGAGAAUGCCAAACAAAUCAUCGAGAAGUUAGAAAACAAGGGCAGAGAUAAUAGGAAAGAAAAAGGCGUUGCGACAAGCGAUAUUGAAGAUAGAAAAUCUGAAAAGAGCCAUGGUUCUGAUUAUGAUCUUUACGAGUCUCGUGAAAUCAACAUCUUUGCAGACUUCGCCGAACAAACAGACGAUGAGAUUCGACAGUAUUCUGCCAUAACCCAAAAAUAUAUUGCAGACGGAUGUCACAUGAGGGGACUUGAUCAGAUUCUCGAGAAGGAUGAAGAGCAAUUGGUGCAAUCGCAGCAACCAAAUGAAACCAAAUCGGAAGUAACCCCUAUCCCGGAGCUUGAGGAGAAAAACAAAAAAAAAUUAACAGAAUCUCAACAAGAUCUCUGCGAAGUCUCUCCCGUGAUGGAAUCUCCUAAAGUCAAUGAUGAGGACACAAUUCAGCAGGACCAACACGAUGUAGAUGGCAGUGAGUAGAUUCUCGUAACAACAACAAGCACAUGGCCGACACUGACAAAUAAGACACAAAGGAAGACGAAGAAUUUCAGAACUCUUCACAACAUCAGGAUACUCUUGAAAAUCAAAAUCUGGAUGUUAUCGAAACUUUCGAUCUGGUUACUAGUGCUAGUAUCAAUGAAAUCUCGGAUUCUACUUCUUCUAUUGAUGAAAGCGCAUCAGAGGAGGAAGAUGAGAUGCAAUUUGGCAUGGCUGCGAUGGCUACGGGUGUUAUGGUUGCGGCUCUCUGGAUGAUUGAGAGAAGGACUGUGUUUUCUUAGGGGUCAAUUUUUGUUUCUCACUUUGUAAUCUACAGAGUAGAUAUUUCUUUCUCUUUCUUUGGGUCUUCAUCUUUUGGAGCGGUUGGACAGUUUAUUUGUGGAGUGCAAUGAAUGCGGAUAUUCGAGAAAAAUCUUUAAUGGUUUUAGCAUAGGAUUUAUAAAAUUCUGAAAACCACAAUACUUUGUGCAUGGUAUUUAAGAUGAUAGAUGUGAUCUUCUCCUCAAUACUCUUCAUUGAUCUUCA